AUGAAUCGUUUGCAAGUUUCUGCUUUCACUCAACGGAAACGACAAAAAGUGUCUGAGCCGGUGUUGACAGAUGAAGAGCGCUUACUCUUUAACCUCAUAAGUAGCAGGGAAAACAUAGGGAUCUGGACUGGAGACAUGAAAAGAGAAACAAAGCUUCCUACUACUGUGGUCAAUAAAUCCCUGAAGACACUUAUCUCCAAGAAUAUGAUAAAGGAAGUUACUACUAUUCAAAACAAAGGUAGAAAGCACUACAUGGCAAAAGAGUUUAUGCCUUCCGAGGAAAUCACUGGUGCUCAUUUUUAUAGUGAUGGGAAACUUGAUAUCGAUUAUAUAAACAGUCUAAAAGAUGUGUGCUUGAAAUGCAUUUUCAUGCAGAAAGUUUCCACAUGUGAUGGAUGUUUGGAGUGGAUUAAAAGGAGUGGAGUCUUUAAUACUGAAGUCACUAAAAAACAAAUGGAAGAGAUUUUGCAAACUUUGGUUUUGGAUGAUGAGAUCAUGCAGAUGAUAAGUACCGGACAAGGGGAUUUUGCAUCUAUUCCUGUUGGCAAAACUUGUUACAUAAGCAAAAGCAAAGGUGGAGUUAGAGGGGAAAAGAAGACUGCUGACUUGACUUCCUUUCCAUGUUUUUCUUGUCAAAGAAUGAGCUUUUGCACACCAGAUGGCACCAUUUCUCCAGCAACAUGUGUCUAUUAUCAGAAAUGGUUAGAUUUCUGA